CCACCACUUGCUCAGAUUGCGGAUUUCUAAUGAGGGCUGCCAUUUGUAGAGCCGCUGUAACACUUUGCCACUGUUGUUAUUAACGUACACGCCCGGACUUCAGUCUUCUUGCUCUUGUUGGCACUUUAAGCCCUUUAAAAAAUUACCUGGAAUUAUCACUUUUCUCGCUGUUAAAGGACUUGCACAAAAGGGGAUGUUUUUAGAGGAUAACAGAAGAACAAUAAAACACCUGAGUAACAUAAAUAUGGAGAGACAUUAGUGUAAAAUCAGUCCUGAGUGGAUGUGGAGACACCCGAUCUGGCAACUAGAAAACAUUCCGGAAUGAAGGAGGGGUCAGCGGGCCACAGUUGAGCACCGCCCCGGGUAGAGUGAGUGAACUUUGUCACAAAUUUCACUGAGCUGCAUUAUUUCCACCUCCUCCGACUCUCGCAGACAGAUGCGUCCAACUUAGUGCGCUCUGCAAAAAUGUACAUCUGGUUCACCGUCUUAGCCGGACUGGCUAUUCUGUCCCUUUCAUUCCUUAAAACACGUUCCCCAUACCUCGGAGAGGACUGGGCUUACAUGCUGAGGAGCAUCAAACUUGGCAUCAGGCUCGUCAAAUACAAGAAAAACAAACCUUUUUACAGCAUCUUGGACUGCUUCUUGGAUGCGGUGAAGAGGCAUCCCAGUAAGAUCUUUAUCCGCUUUGAAGGUCGUGACUAUUCUUAUGAAGAAGUGGAUAAGCAGAGCAACAAGGUGGCCCGAGCCCUGCAGGCUGAAGCCCAGCUGAAGGAGGGGGACACGGUCGCCCUGUUUAUGGCCAACGAGCCCAGUUUCGUGUGGACUUGGCUCGGUUUGGCCAAGCUCGGCUGUCCGGCUGCUCUGCUCAACUUUAACAUCAGAUCGAAGUCUCUGCUGCACUGUUUCUCCUGCUGCCGGGCCAAAGUGAUCGUCGUCUCUCCAGAUCUGCAGGAUGCCGUGGAGGAGGUUUUACCAAUGCUGAGAGAGCAGGGUGUCAGUGUGUACCUCCUGUCAGGCAACUGCAGUGUCCAGGGCAUCAACUCUUUGUCUGACAAGAUCUCACAGGCCUCAGAUCAGCCUCUGUCCUGGGCGCUCAGGGCCAACGUCCAUAUCAGGAGCACUGCUGUGUAUAUAUACACGUCUGGCACCACAGGUUUGCCUAAAGCAGCUGUUGUCACCCAUGAGAGGGUGUGGGCAUCCUCCUUCAUCCAGGCAGCAUGUGGAGUCACAGCAGAGGACAUCAUCUACAUCAAUCUGCCUCUCUAUCACAGCGCAGGCUUCCUCAUUGGGACGAUUGGAGCCAUAGAGAGAGGUAUAACCGUUAUUCUGAGGAGAAAGUUCUCAGCCUCUCAGUUCUGGGAUGACUGCAGGAAACAUAACGUGACCGUCAUGCAGUACAUUGGUGAAACAAUGCGCUACCUCUGCAACACGCCCAAGAAAGACAACGAGAAGAACCACGAAGUGAGGAUCGCCAUCGGCAACGGAGUCCGGUCGGACAUUUGGUCGGAGUUUCUCAAUCGCUUUGGUGACAUUAAAGUCAGAGAGCUGUAUGCUGCCACAGAGGGAAACAUCGGUUUCAUCAACUACACUUCCAAGAUCGGUGCAGUGGGAAGAAUCAAUUUUAUCCACAAGUUUUUCUUCCCCUACACUUUGAUCAAGUUUGACAUUGAGAAGGAGGAGCCUGUCAGAAACUCUGAGGGUCUCUGCAUUGAAGCAGCCAGAGGUGAGACGGGUCUUUUGGUGGGAAGGGUAACUAAGAGGUCUCCCUUUGUUGGGUAUGCUAACAACCCACAACAGACCGAGAAGAAGAGGCUUCGUGAUGUAUUGAAAAAGGGCGACCUGUACUUCAACACUGGUGAUUUGCUACGGGUUGACCACGAGAACUUUGUGUACUUCCAGGAUCGAGUUGGUGACACUUUCAGAUGGAAAGGAGAGAAUGUCGCCACAUCGGAGGUUGCAGACAUUGUCACAAUGGCUCAUUGCAUUUUGGAGGCAAAUGUCUAUGGUGUCAAAGUUGAAGGUCACGAGGGGCGGAUCGGCAUGGCAGCUGUCACUUUGAAAGAAGGAGAAGAAUUUGACUGUUCGGACACCUACAAGCAGGUCGUCAACUACCUCCCAGCUUACGCAAGACCUCGAUUCAUCAGAAUUCAGCCCUUCCUGGAGAUGACAGGGACAUUCAAGAUGAGGAAAGUGAAGUUGGUGGAGGAGGGAUUCAACCCAGCUCACAUCAAAGACCCUUUAUAUUUCCUGGAUCCUGAGAAAAAGACUUACGUUCCCUUGACUGAGGAGAUCUACAGAGCUAUAGCUUCUAGGGAAAUCAAACUCUAAUGCAUAAACUAAAAAGUAGCCAGUGUUGAACCAGAUGACCCAUAUGUUUACAGAGAUUUAACCGCUCACUGGUGGACCUUCUUUUUUUUUUUUUAACAGUCAACUAAUCUCAGGGGCAGACUGACUUUGAAAGGUUUUUUUUUUUUUUUUUUUUAAAUAACACAACUACUGUUCAUCUCGCCAGUUUUGUAAACUUAUUCCAUAAUGCUGACAGUAUGUGAUAUACAGGUAUGUCUCACUGCCACUGUUGUACUUUAAUAAUUAAACUCUGAUUAUCUUUUU